GCGGAUAAAUGAGGAGGAUGAUGAGAGCGAAUCACCUCACAUGACAGCGAUUAUAACCUGGGAGUUUGGUGGGCGUGGGAGAGAAAGAGAACGAGAGGGAGAGAGAGAAUAACAGAGCACAGAACACGUGAAGAAAUGUCUUAAUUCGGCGCGCAAAUGUGCAUGUAUUAUCUCACCGCCAUUUACCGGGUGAUUAUUUGACGCUUGUGAUCUACCGUUCAUCAAAGGAUCAGCUAGGCUGGAGUAUUCGUGAGUUUGGUUGGGACCAUUGCAAGGUGAGAUGGCGAGCAGGUUGGGGCUCCCCCAUGACAGUUCCCUGCACAGAUGCAUGCUGGUCCUGACCUUCCUGCUCCUACUGUGUGAGAUCGUUGUCAGCCGCCUCUGUAACUCCCUCAUCACCAUGGUGGAUGUCUUCCACACCCUCUUCAUCCUCAUGCACAUGGCUCUUCCUCAACCCACCCUGGGCAGAGGUUCCCCAAAACCCCCACCUGCCUCCCCUCUCUCCACCCCCAACACCUCCACCCCCACUCAGUCACCUGUCAAAACUCCCCCAUAUUCCCCAGCCACCUCCGGUGUGUUCCCCAGACCGCUCACCCCUGUGGCCUCCCUGUGUGGCCUGUACUACAGUGGGGCGAGGGUCCAGCCCCUGGGGGCUCUGAUCUCAGCUCUUCUGCUGGCUGCUUUGUGUGUCUCUGUCUCUCUAGAGAUCCUCAGCCACACCCUGCAGCCCCACCCUAUACAGCGCCCUCUUUUGGCCACGGUGAUGGGGGCUGUCAGCCUGCUCUACAACCUCCUGGUGCUGGGUCUCAGCUGGGGUAGCUGGCUUGGGACCAAGACUAGAGCUGCCUGGGAGGGGGAGGAGAGCUCUGUCCUUGGUGUGAAUGGAAAAGUCAAGGUCCAGACCAAAGACAGCAAUGCAGUGGGGGGAGAGAAUUACAUCAGUAACCUCCCUACAUCUCUAGAUGGUGCCUUCCAAGAUGGAACACUUGUACUCUGUAACCCUGGGACCUCCAGUGUCCUGAACCCUGACAGUGAUACUCCGCACCCAUCCCAGACAUCCCCACUCCAUACCGUGGCCCCUCAGGGUCCCCUUUCAGCCCACUGCCACGGAGCACACACACUCCCUGCAGACGAGCACACACUCCCUGCAGACUGCAGAACUUCAGAGACACCAAGCAGCUUCCCACAUCCAGUGGCCAGUGUCUGUCAUCCAAAGGACCCCCACUCUGAAGUGUCUAAGUAUAGGGCCUGCAUGGGACACAGAGGAAAUCAGACAGACCCCACCACAGCCUCAGCCCUAAAGUCAGAAAGCCCUACAAGCCUCAGUGUCCAACUUCCCGCCUGCCUCCCAUCCCUCAUCGCCCUCACUCAGGCACUGCUAGGUUCCAUCCUGGCACUCACCAACGGACUUACCCUGCUACUACUGGGCCCAGACUGCAUGCAUGGCUCUGGGGCCUGUGGCCCCUUCGUCUACCUGGACCCUGGCUUCUCCAUGGUGGCUGUGGGGGUGCUGCUGGCCACCACUCUGCCCCAGGUGUGCCGCUACGGUUGGCUGCUGCUCCAGGCCGUCCCGCCCCAGGUGUGUGUGUCUGAUCUGGGCCGGCGGAUCGCCAGUGUGCCAGGGGUGCAGGCGGUGCACGACCUCCACGUGUGGCAGCUGACAGAGAGCUGCCUGGUGGCGUCUGUACAUGUCCACUGCCACGCUGGGUUCCAGAUACACAGGUGUGGUGAUCUGUUGUCGGGGGUCACCAAGGUGCUGCAGAGUGUAGGUGUGAGCUGCUGCACCGUACAACCAGAGUUCCUCCUCUCUACUCCCACAGCCAACGGCAACCUGGAUAACAACAGCACCAACCCCGCCAUCAUCCAUAGGGAGAUGCCCUCACACCUCGCCUGCAGCCUGGCCUGUGGGAAGGGCUGUGCUGGGAAGAUGUGCUGUGCUCCUCUGGAAGAAGGGUCUACAGAGCCACUGGCACCCCCUGCUGGGGAAACUGAGGAGGAGCCUCACGUGCUGAUCAUCGAGAACACCUUUCUUUGAGGGAAGGACCUCUAGGAUGUAUCUCAGUAGUGUAGAGUGGGCUCCUUGCAUCCUUUUCUUCAUAUGAAACUGAUGUGAGAGGUCUGAAGUGGAGCAAACCACUUUUGGCAAAUAAGAUUCAGCUUGGGGAUUGAAUAGAAUACAUUAUUAUUGUCAGAAUAUUCAUAAAGACUUGUGUCCCCAUGUCAUUGAGGUACUUUUAGAGAGCUAGAUAGCCUAAUGUAAGAAUUAGGCUCAGUUAAAGAGUAGAAAUCCCAGUAGUCAUCAUGCGUGUGUGUAUUUUGGGAUGGGGUGGGAUAAUAAACACCAUUCCUAUGGGUACUCAGAAAGGGCCUGUAUGUGUACUGUAUCUACUGUAUGUAUGUAUGUAUGUACUACAUCAUUAUGUUGGGAUUGUAUUUCAUUGUAUUAACACGGUGCCAUAACAAAGAUACAGUAGAUUGUAAGCCAAGUCACUCACCUAAUUAAGUGUUUAUUCAAUAAUGCCAUUUCAACAUACACUACCGUUGAAAAGUUUGGGGUCACUUAGAAAUGUCCAUGUUUUUGGAAAAAAAAGCAGCCAGAAAUGGUCCAUUAAAAUAACAUCAAAUUGAUCAGAAAUACAGUGUAGACAUUGUUAAUGUUGAAAAUGACUAUUGUAGCUGGAAAUGGCUGAUUUUUCUAUGGAAUUUCUACAUAGGUGUACAGAUGCCCAUUAUCAGCAACCAUCACUCCUGUGUUCCAAUGGCACGUUGUGUUAGCUAAUCCAAGUUUAUCAUUUUAAAAGGCUGAUUGAUCAUUAGAAAACCCUUUUGCAAUCAUGUUAGCACAGCUGAAAACUGUUGUUCUGUUUAAAGAAGCAAUAAAACUGUCCUUUAGACUAGUUGAGUAUCUGGAGCAUCAGCAUUUGUGGGUUCGAUUACAGGCUCAAAAUGGCCAGAAACAAAUCAUUUUCUUCUGAAACUCGUCAGUCUAGUCUGAGAAAUGAAGGCUAUUCCAUGUGAGAAAUUUCCAAGAAACUAACCAGAAUCGAAAGAGGAGUGGGAGGCCCUAGUGCACAACUGAGCAAGAGGACGAGUACAUUAGUCUCUAGUUUGAGAAACAGACACCUCACAAGUCCUCAACUGGCAGCUUUAUUAAAUAGUACCCUUAAAACACCAGUCACAAUGUCAAGAUUGAAGAGGUGAUUUCGGGAUGCUGGCCUUUUAGGCAGCAUUGCAAAGAAAAAGCCGUAUCUCAGACUGGCCAAUAAAAAGAAAAGAUUAACAUGUGCAAAAGAACACAGACACUGGACAGAGGAACUCUGCCUAUAAGGCCAACAUCCCGGAGUCGCCUCUUCACUGUGGAUGUUGAGACUGGUGUUUUGCGGCUACUAACAUUAACAAUGUCUACACUGUAUUUCUGAUCAAUUUGAUGUUAUUUUAAUGGACAAAAAAACGUGCUUUUCUUUCAAAAACAAGGACAUUUCUAAGUGAGCCCAAACUUUUGAAUGGUAGUGUAUUUUCACUGCCAUUAUUGCACAUUAAUGACAAAGUUGUAUGUCUAAUCAUUCACUUUUUGUGUACAUUGAAUGUGUAAAAUAUUUAGGGCUGUCAAACAAUCACAGUAAUUGAUGGAGUUAAUUGCAAAAUAAAGAUUUUUACAUUUAA